AUGGUUAGCGUGAUUCCUGAGGCCACCUUUAUUGGGGCUAAUAGACAGAAUCAAGUCAGCGAUGUUAAUAAAGAUGCAAAAGUUGCAUUUGGUGCUGGUAAAACUAUUGCACUUUGGGAUCCUGUCAAUAAAGAUGCAAAGGGUGUAUAUGCUACUUUGAAAGGACAUCAAGCUGAAGUUACAUGUGUUAAGUUUAUUCCCAAUAUGGAUUUGAUGGUUUCUACAUCUGAAGACCAUCAUGUCAAAAUCUGGAAAUUCUCUAGUUUAGAGUGCCUACAAACAAUUGAACAUUAUAAGCAUUCUAUUGUUUCCUUGGCAGUAUGGAAAGAUUUAAUCGUAGUUGGUAGUGCUGAUGGACUAGUGUCAUUGUGGGUUUUUAGAGAUAACGAGUUUGUAUUGGACUACGAAUUUACCAAUCGUAAAGGUUUCUUUCCGCUAUCACUAUCCGUGACCAAUAUUGAAGAUGGUGGGUUCUUAUUAGCUGUCGGUGGUACGAAGCCCAAUAUUAUUGUCUAUUCAUUUGUUCUAAGAGAUUCCAGAGUCCAUGAAUGUCGAUUGGCGGCUGAAUUGGAGGGACAUGAAGACUGGGUUAAAUCGUUAGCAUUUCGUCACAAGGAUACGCCUGGUGAAUGCUUGUUAGCAUCCGGUUCUCAGGAUAGGUACAUUAGGUUGUGGAAGGUUAGAUUAAACGAAUUGAUUGAUGAUUCAGAUGAGAACACAGAAAGGCCUAAACUUUUGAGUAACAAACAGUACAAAUUUGAAAUUAAAUCAGGACUCAGAGUUUCCAUGAGCUUUGAAGCAUUAAUUGUAGGACAUGAUGAUUGGAUUUCUUCCUUGCAAUGGCAUGAAAGUCGUAUGCAAUUGCUAGCAUCUACCGCUGAUACUUCUUUGAUGGUAUGGGAACCUGAUGAGAGUUCUGGUGUUUGGAUUUGUGGUUCAAGAUUGGGUGAAAUCUCCUCUAAAGGUGCAUCUACAGCUACAGGUUCUUCAGGUGGAUUUUGGUCCUGUCUUUGGUUCAAUCAUGAUGGGCUCGAAUACAUACUAACCAAUGGCAAGAGCGGCUCCUGGAGAGUUUGGUCUUCUUCUGAUAACUACUACUGGGAGCAACAUCUUGGUGUUACUGGUGCUACUAAGCAAGUGACCGAUAUUGCUUGGUCUCCAAGUGGUGAUUAUUUGUUAUCCACUUCUUUAGAUCAAACUACUAGACUUUAUGCCCCUUGGUUGUUCAAUAACGAUGGAACCCCAAGGGGUCAAGUAACAUGGCAUGAAUUUUCUAGACCUCAGAUCCAUGGUUACGAUAUGGUUUGUGUGGAACCUCUUUCCAAUUUUAGAUUUGUGAGUGGUGGUGAUGAAAAGAUCUUGAGAUCCUUUGACUUACCCAAAGGUGUCUUUGAAAUCUUACACAAAUUAGCAGGUUAUAACUCUGACUUCCAAAAUGCAUUGCCGGUUUCUGCUUCUUUACCUGCCCUAGGGUUAUCCAAUAAGGCAACCGCUGUUGAGGAUCAAGAGAUUGAAGAAGAAGAACAAGACCCUAAUCUUCGUGAAACUAAUGAAAAUAAAAACAUCUCCUAUGAUAUGGCUUCUUCUUUGACAAUACCCCCAUUGGAAGACCAAUUACAAAGACAUCUACUAUGGCCAGAAAUUGAAAAGUUGUAUGGUCAUGGGUAUGAAAUAUCUUGUGUGGACGUGUCUUCAGAUGGUAAACUAAUAGCUUCAGCCUGUAGAUCCAACAAUGCUCAACAUGCUGGUGUAAGAAUCUUCGAUUCGAAUAACUGGCUCGAGGUUAAACCUACACUAUUGUUCCAUACAUUAACCAUUACCAGACUGCGGUUCUCAAAGGAUAAUAAUUAUUUACUAAGUGUCUCUAGAGAUAGACAAUGGGCCAUUUGGCAGAGAAAUUUUGAAGAUCAAACUUUCAGCUUGAAAUAUAAAAAUGAAAAGGCACACACUAGAAUUAUUUGGGAUUGUGACUGGGCACCUAUAGAAUUUGGACAAGUUUUCUUGACGGCAUCAAGAGAUAGGACGGUUAAAUCAUGGAGGUACGAUCAAGAAUCGGAUAAUUUUACUUCGGAAAACUCUGUCAAAUUUGAACAACCUGUUACAGCUCUAUCGAUAUGUGAAAAAGUCAUCGAUGGUCAAUUGAUCGUUGCCAUUGGGUUAGAAGGCGGUUCAAUUCAUUUGUACAGUUACACUCCUCAGGGAUUUAAAUUAUUAGAACAAAUUGAUGAAAGUCUGACUCCUGCUGAUAAGAUUACUAGAUUAAGGUGGUCACCCUCUUUCAGGGAAGAUAGACUAUAUCUUGGUGUUUCCAGUAGUGACACUUCUACAAGAAUAUAUUCUUUGAAGUGUUAA